CAGCACGGCUGAAUGUGUUCCUCAGCUUCUUGCCCAGGAAAGCCUGGCGAAGAACUGUCCGUAUGAGUAGUAGCGUGGUGGCUGCCCUAAUUGGUUUCGGAGAGACUCUAGAAGAUAGUUCCGUUGAAACUAAAACGAAACUUCAUGUCCUCGGUACUCUGAAUGAGGUCACUUUGACUCUUAGUGAGUUGUCCGAAUCAGGUGUGGGUCGUGCUGUGAGCAAGCUUAAAAGCUCUCCAGGCGAGCUGGGCAGUACUGCUAGACUUUUGGUGACCAAAUGGAAGCGUCUAUUACGUGAACAUCUGGCAAAGGAAUCCGUACAGCUCCCACAAGACAUCACUGAAGUUGAGGUGACUGCGGACAACCAUACUUCGCUGUCGGCACAAUGUCAAGUUAGUACGUUGUAUGCCUCUGAUAAAAGAGCGACCGGUAAGCGCCACUCUAAAGGGAGGAAACACUCACCACCUGUACGUCCUCUGUCACCCAACACUGACAUUAACUCGCCUGUAGCCGAAUGUAAACCACUGGGCGUCUCCACCUCCUCUCCCUCAAUCCCAACGCAGUCUUUCAAAACUAACAGAUCACCCUCUCCUCCACUUCACACCCCUUCAAAGCAAGCCGUGAAAAGUGGAGUUAAACGAAAGUUCUCAGGUUCCGUGGAGUCACUUGAUUCCAGUAGUGGUCUUUCUUUUAUGGAGUCCCUCAUGGUAGGAUCUUCCCCUCAUCCUUCGUCACGCAAAAAAUCAAAGAAAGCACAAGCGAAGUGCAACAGUUCACCUUCCUCAAAUGGUCAUGUCCAAUUGCAAUUUCAAUCAUCGUCCUUCAAAACACCACCAAAAUUACCAGCAGCAUUUACCGCCGAAGUUCUUUCCUCUUUGUCUGAAGACGUGGACCGACCAGAUAUUAUUCGACCUUCCAAUAGCCGUGAAAAUGUAGACACAGAUGCCGCAUUUGAAGACGGUGACUUGAAAUUCAAGUCGAAGAAGGUUCUCUGGGUCCCAAAAGCUUCACGCACUACCAACUCAUCACUGCACUCGAAUACUUCUGUUGGACAGCUAUCUGACACACCUGGUGAACAUUUUUCAGAUCCCUCUAGUCUCGUCGAUUUAUGUUUGGACGUUCUUGAGCACAACUUAAGCAGAGUGGAUCAUGUUGGUCACGUACCUUACGAUCUAUUAGCUCGCGUGUUACGCCAUGCGUCUCCAGAAGAUUUGAUUAGGAUUGAACACUUUAAUCCCCAAUUUGUCGGUUGCACCGAUGAGCUGUGGCAACGCCAUGUCCAGCUUACCUUUCGGCAUCGGAAGGAAGAGGUACCGCGUCCGAAAGAGACAUGGUGUUCGUUCUAUCAACGACUCUCCCAGGAGGAAACCAGUCGACUAAACCGCAUCAUCUCUCAGUCUGCUCGGAAAAUCAAAGAAGAACAAGAAGCUCGCCGCACGACUCUAACCACCGAAGUCAUUACUCCACGUCAGGUACAGCGCCGUGCAGGACGUCACGCAGGGCCUUCGACGACUAAGCCCAACACCAAACCCCAUCAAUCUUCCCCUCCCGUUGUUUUCCGACCGUAUAAUGUAAGUAAGCCCUCAUCAGACCAGCCAUCCUUAACCAGUUCACUGAAAAAGCAACCGGUGGUUUCCAGCGAUCUCUCCGCAAAAGGUAGUAGUUCAUCCAACACAACUUGCAAUAACGGAGGUGGACUUCUGAACAAACUACGCAAACAGUUCCGAUCCGGUCGCCUCCGGUAGACUUUUCCAUUCCCCCGACGACAUCUGGGUUAACUUCGCAGCCAUCACCACAUUCGGAUUGCAACAGUUUCCUUUCCCAAAAUCCGUGUACCAAUCAUGUGUCGUCUUUCAUUAUCUUUACACUUGUUCUUCCCAGUCUUUUUUUCUUUCAAUCUGUCUCCUAUCCGUGCAAACGUCAGUCGGCUCAGCAAGCCAGUCUCUUGCCCGGAAAAAUUGUGUUUAUGUUGGACGGCGCAACACUGGUGCACAACUGGCCGUCGAUGAAAUGUCCGGUUGUUUUAAGUUGAAUGUCUUACCCCAAUGUCUUUGUUAGUUCUCAUAUCUUUUUGUUCUUACUCCCAGCCUCAUCUGCCUAUUUCUUGUUCCCAUCUUGCAACUGGAAGUAGCCAGUUUUGAGGUGUGAUCCUACCCAUAAUUCGGUGGGCUCGUAUCGUUCAAGACAGUAGAAACUCUUGAUAGAGUCCUCGAUUCUCUCCCCCCACCCCUUCAGCCGGAGUGGAUUCCCCAUUCGGCUUCGUAUGUUGUUUUGGUUGUGAUCGUAAAUGCAAUGUGAAAACCUGUUUGCACGUCUAAUUUCAUCUUGUGUUUUUUUGGAUGGAUCCUGAUUGACUUGUACCAAUGUGUGCCAAUUUUCUCCUUGGGCUAUCCUAUUGGGACAACAGUUAUUUCUUGUCCAUCUGACAGCGCAAUUUUUCCGUUCUUGCGCCUGAUUUCCGGUAACGAAUGUCACGCCAUGACCAGUAACUAGUGCUUAUUACUUGCAUGUUUCGAAUGCAUGAACACAACUGC